CGGUUCACACACAACUGUUUCGAUUGAGCUCGAGACAACAUCGUAAGUAAUUUUCACAGUAUUGAUUUUGAUCGAAAUACUAAAACAAUUGCUUUUCAACGAUCUCACGAAUUGGUGUAAAAGUCAUUAUUAUUUGAUUAGUUGUUGAUUUUCUUGUGUUUUCGACGAAAUACUUGAAAAAAUAAAUAAAAAAAUCUAUUUGUUGCGAAAGUCAGUUGAAGAGAAAAUGCCAAAAAAGAAGGCUGCCGAAUCAUCAUCAGAUUCGGACAGUGGUCCAGACGAUCGUACACCGGUGAAGAAGGCAAAGAAAACAGAUGAAGGCUUUUCAUUGGAGUUUGGCAAAAAUCGACGAGUAACUGUGAGCGAGUUCAAGGGAAAAGUGUACGUAAACAUUCGCGAAUACUACAACAAAGAUGGUGCAAUGGUACCCGGCAAAAAAGGUAUCUCGCUGACACCAGAACAAUGGAAAACAAUUUUGGAACGUCAAACAGAAAUCAACGAUGCUAUCAAAGAACUGUAAUCAUCGCAUGUCAUUGUCGAAAUAAAUAAUAAAUAUUGAAACGCCCGCAAUGCGAUCAAAAUUCUUCUGAAAACAAA